AUGGCUGUCACAACCAAAAGAUCAUCUCAACCACAACAUCCCCUAUCAACAAAUGAAUGCUCACCAUUACUAUCAACGAAGAAAUCAAACCAGACAAAUUAUUCUAGUAACAAUCGACAAAAUGAAAAAUCCAAUCUGAAAUCUAAGAAUAAAGUCGAGAGGAACCUUGGCACCUUCGAGGGAGUAUUUCUCCCUACUUCAUUGAAUGUUUUGUCCAUUUUGAUGUUCUUGAGAUUUGGUUUCAUCAUUGGCCAAAUGGGAAUUUUAGGUACUUUAUUUUUAUUAAUAUUGUCGUAUUCGAUAGAUAUAUUGACCACUUUGUCAAUCAGUGCAAUAUCCACAAAUGGAACUGUCAAAGGAGGUGGGGCUUACUAUAUGAUUUCAAGAUCAUUGGGACCAGAGUUUGGUGGGGCUAUAGGUAUAAUUUUUGUCAUUGGACAAAUUUUAAACUCAUCAUUGAACGUUGUUGGUUUUAUUGAACCUUUGUUGGUUAAUUUUGGUGUUGGAGGUGAUAUGACCAACCUUUUACCAGUGGGUUAUUUAUGGCUGGUUUUGUAUUCCACAAUAUUAUUGGCCCUUUGUACUGGUGUUGCCAUGGUUGGUUCACUGCUUGUUUCCAAAACUGCAUUUUUUCUUUUCGUUAUAUUGACCAUCAGUACAGUUUCAAUUCCAAUUUCUACCUUCUUUGUUAAACCAUACUACCCAUUAGCUCCUCCAUAUGAGAAUGUUCUCUACACUGGGUUAUCGUGGAAGACAUUUAUUGAUAAUUUAUACCCUCAUUUCACCAGUGGAGCCGCUGGUUCGGUCUUACCUAAAGGCCAAAAGGAAACAUUCCGUGAUCUUUUUGGUAUCUUUUUCCCGGCAACUGCAGGUAUUUUAGCUGGGGCAUCUAUGCUGGGUGAGUUAAAGACCCCUUCCAAAUCUAUUCCUCAAGGUACGUUGAGAGGGUUAUUGGUGACUUUUAUUUUAUACGUCAGUGUUAUUGUCUCCAUGGGUGCUGCUAUUCCUCGAGAACUUUUAUACGUCGACAUCAAAGUUAUUCAAACCGUGAAUUUAUCUGAUAUUAUUAUAAUUCUUGGUGAAUUUUCAACUUCAUUAUUUUCAGUAAUUAUGGGUAUUGUUGGUGCUGCAACUAUGAUUAAUGCUAUUGCUGAUGAUAAAAUCAUUCCAGGAUUAUCUAUUUUUACCACUAACAAGAAAUCAGCCAAGGGUAAAAAGAAAGCACAAAUUUAUAGUAUUAUUGCUACAUGGUUUAUUGCCCAAUUGUUUUUAUUUGCCGAUAUUAACCAAAUUGCUACAUUUAUUACCAUGGCGUUUUUGAUGACAUUUAUUGUUACCAACAUUGCUUGUUUUUUGUUAAAAGUUGGUUCUGCACCUAAUUUCAGACCAUCAUUCAAGUAUUUCAGCAGUAGAACUGCAUUCAUGGGCGCAUUUAUUUGUCUCGUUGCCAUGUUUAUCGUGGAUGGUCUUUCUGCUACUUUGGUUAUCUUCUGUUUAACAUUUUUGAUCUUGACCAUUCAUUACCUGACACCACCUUCUAAAUUUGGUGAUAUCUCACAAUUGUUAAUUUACCACCAAGUCAGAAAAUAUUUAUUACGAUUGAAAUUGGAAAUGAGCGUCAAAUAUUGGAGGCCACAGAUUUUAUUAUUAUGUGAUGACCCUAGAAGUUGUUGGAAUUUGAUUGGUUUCUGUAACCACUUGAAGAAAGGUGGGUUGUACGUUUUAGGUCAUGUUGUGUUGAUGAAUGAUGAUACAAAUCCAUCUUGCAACACUGACAAGAACUCGAGAAUCUUUUCUGCUGUGUCAUACCAAGAAGUUAGAAAACAAAAACAAGCUUGGAUUAAAUUGAGAGACAUGUCCAAGAUCAAAGCAUUUGUUCAAAUUGCAUUAGGUCCAACUUUACCCUGGGGUGUACGUAAUGUUUAUCUUGGAUCAGGUUUGGGUGGUAUGAAACCAAAUAUUACCGUUCUAGGAUUCUAUGAUUUCAAGAAGCAUGGCAUUUCACUUCCAAUGUUACCGGUCUACGGGAACAAACCGGAAUUAUUAGGUCAAUUGCCUACCGACAAGUUAAGAAAGGAACGUAAAGUGUCAAUAAAUCAAUGGGUACAAAUUGUUGAAGAUUUGAUUGUGUUACAAGCAACUGUUGCUGUUGCGGCUAAUUUUACACAGAUGGAAUUACCUAAAACUGAAGAAGGAAGUGGAUUAUUUAAAUUGAAAAAGCACUUCAAUGGGAAAGAUGAACCACAAAAAUUCAUUGACUUAUACCCAAUUCAAAUGUCUUCAGUUGCGCAAUUAGAGAAUGGUCAAUCUGUGUUAUCGACUAAUUUUGAUACUUGUACUUUGAUUUUGCAAUUGGGUUCAAUUUUGUCUACUGUUGACGAAUGGGAUCUUAAUAAUUAUAAAGUUAGAGUAAUUGUAUUUGUCGAGUAUGCACUGGAAGUUGAAGAUGAAAGGGAUAGAUUAAAUGCAUUGUUGUCAUCUUUGAGAAUUGAUGCAGUAAUUAAAGUUAUUUGUUUGGAAGAUGAAGGGUUAGAUUCUUAUAAUUACAUGGUUAAAGGUUAUUCCAAGUCUCAACUGAACAAAGUGCAAUAUGACAAAAUUGAUAAGACAUUAUCUGGAGAUCAAUGGUGGAAAAAUUUGACAAAAGCUAGGGAAGCCUUACGAGAAGUGGAAAAGCGACGCACAUUAAGUAAACAAAAACUGAAACUGAUUAUUCCAAGCAGAAGUCCAUCAAGAACAUCACUUGCUCCAGAGACAUUUUAUCCAUUGAAUUUGAAUCCAAGUAGUCCAACAAAUGUGCAGUUACAAGGUAUUAAAAAUAAUAGAAGAUAUACCAUGUCCAACUUACAGGAACAAGGUAUGUCAUUGUCAUUUAAUUUGCGUGCAGCACAAACAAAUAAUGACAAUUUGUUCUAUUCUGAUCCAGUUAGUGAUGAUAGUGACAGUGACUCGGAAGAUACAGGUACUUUGACAGCAUCAAGCAGUAACAGUAAUCUUGCUUCUGCUAGGAAUAGUUCUACUAAUCUUGCACUUUCUCAAUAUUCAAUGGAUAGGCAACCACCACAGAGCCAAGAAGGCCCAAGAUUCAAGAAAGCUUUCAGUGAACAGCUUCAGCGUACUGGAGUUCAAACACCAGAUCAAUUAUCCAUUAGAUCAUCUAUUUCCAACUUGCGACCAAAUUUUCUGUCAGUCAAAAUGCCAAAUGCGAAGGUGAAUGACGAUGCAGAAGAUGGUGACGAUCAAACGGAAGAUGAGGACGAAGAAGAGGAACAGAAAGAAGGAAGUGACAAGAUUUUGAAGGAUGACAAGAGAGUUACCAUGAAGGAUAGGCCAAAACAAUCAAUUCAGUUUGUAGAUGAAGAUGAAGAUGACGAAGAACAAGCACAUACCAAAGUCAUCACUACCACUCCAAUUGGUUCAAGGGAUAAAAGAGUUACAUCCAAAACUAGGAAUAUUAUUGUUAAUGAUGAUGAAAUUAUCCAACAUAUAACUACUCCACAAUUUUUGGCAGUUGAUGAGGAUGAAGACGAAGACGAUGCCAAUGUCCCUUCAAUGUCUUUAAAGGAUAGCAACAUGAAUAUUGCCUCUAAACCUUCAUCAUCUAGAGCUGAUUUCUACAAGAAUAGACCUACUCUUUCAAGAAACCAAAGUGCAACUGAAAAAACAAUUACUAAGAAACAACUUCAAGAAGAACUAAAAAAUUUAAGUUUUAAUGAUAUUCCAGCAAAGGGACAACAUUUAGUUUUGAAUGAAUUGAUGGCAAAGAUAUCACCAGCUAGUCAAACCCUGGUUAUUUUCAGCACUUUACCUGCACCUUCAAUUGGUACUCAUUUAGAUGAUAAUGAAUCAUUUGAUUACACAAACAAUCUAGCAAUUUGGUUAGAUGAUUUACCACCAGUUUUAUUAGUCAACUCACAAACUGUCACUGUAACAACUGCAUUGUAG